AUGUCCGUUACGAACCGGCCCUUUUGGCCAUGCCAAGUGGAUGUUGUUAUUGUGGGUGGGGGAUUUAGUGGUCUCCAGGCUGCGUUGGACCUCCAAAAGUCCGACUUGCGAUACAUUGUUGUUGAGGCAAAUGAUCGUGUUGGUGGAAAAAGUUUUACGAAGCCUCUCAAGUCCGGCCCUGGAUUGGUCGAGAUGGGCUGUACUUGGUUUAACACCACAACCCAAAAGCGCGUGGCGGCCAUGGUUCAAAAUUAUGGGCUAGAAUCUAAGGAACAAUACGUUUCUGGUGAUGAGGUUCUCUACGAGGGACCCGGAAAUAUCCAUAAAAACAAGCACGGGAUACUACCAAAGGUCUGUCAGAUACGCCCAUUCUUUCCUGCUUUCGUGCGAGCACCGACUAAGUGGUAUGGAGAACAGACUAUUGGCGCCAAAGACAUCGAGGAUCUGGAAAGGAUUCUUGGCUUGGUUGUUAGCGAGGGAGCCAAACUCAACCCCGAAACUCCCGGUCGGCCGAGGACAUCUGCUCAGCCAUUAUCAUUCGAAGACACGAGCGUGGCCGAAUGGCUUGACAGGUUAGGUGCAGGAAAUUUUAGCCAGAACUUGAUCUCUUCGCACUGCGCUGGGAUGAUAGGCGCUAAGGCAAGUCAAGUCGGACUGUACUUCUAUCUGGAGAUGAUGGCAUCGUGUGGGAAUGGACCCGAAGACGUUCUGUCGGACGUAUAUGGAGGGGCACAGCACCUUAAGGUCAAGACAGGCACGUCCUCUAUCAUCACUGCCAUGCAGCGAUCUCUGCUUCAGGAUUCGGUUUUUGUCAGCAGCCCGGUCUCUGGUAUUCACCAGACCAAGCAGGGUUGCAUAGUGACUGUUGCAGACGGACGGACCAUCAAUUGUUCGAAAGUCAUCCUUGCCAUCCCAUCGAAUCAAUAUACCAACAUAGAAUUUUCACCUCCACUGCCUCGGGCAAAACGGGAGCUGGCGUGCCAAGCGAAGGGCUGCUCUUAUAACAAGAUCAUAUUGACUUACAAAAAGCCCUGGUGGAGGGAACUAGGGCUUGCCGGCAAGUUUUUCUCCGUUAAUGGACCUAUCAGUUUCAGUUGGGAUAUCUCCGACGAUAGCACGCAACAGUAUUCGCUUGCUCUUUUCUCUGUUGCUAGUCAAGGGGAGUCGUGGGAGAAACUUACCCGCCUGCAACGUGAAAAAGCUCUGCUCGAUCAUUUGUCCGAGAUGGUUGGUGCGGAAUACAAUCACUUGAUCUACGAUGUGCUCGAAUACAAUGAACAACUCUGGGGCAGAACACUGGGAAUUGAGGUCGUUCAGUAUCCUGCGCUAGGAGCGGGAAGUUACAACACCUUGCUUCCCGUCCUGAAGGAGUCAUUUAUCCACGUCCAUUUUGCGGGUACAGAGAUGGCAUCUGUAUGGCGAGGUUACAUGGAGGGUGCCCUCGAAUCCGGCGAGAGAGCUGCAGCUGAAGUGAUCCCAUUAGUGAAGAACACGAAGCUAGCGCCUAAGCUGUAG